CUCCCCGCCCCUUUUCGGGGCCUUCCUUCCCAGACACCCUCCUCAGGCGCACGGGCGCAGUGCUCGGCUUGUUUUGGGUGCAAAAAAACACCCCCCAGAAGAAUCCCCCCAAGUCAAGAUCCACCCCGACCGGCCUCCUUUCCGGACCGUCCUUAUAGUCCGCAUUUCCUGCAGGUUUCCCAGGGGGACGUUAAAAGGGAGCCGCUCUGCUCAAAACCAUGAAUAUAUUCCGCUUCCUGGGAGACAUUUCUCAUCUGUUGGCCAUCAUCAUCUUGCUGCUGAAGAUCUGGAAGACGCGAUCAUGCGCGGGGAUUUCUGGAAAGAGCCAAAUUCUGUUUGCCAUUGUCUUCACUACUCGGUACCUAGAUCUAUUUACCAACUACAUCUCCAUGUACAACACGUCUAUGAAGGUGGUUUACAUCGCGUGCUCUUAUGCCACAGUGUGGAUGAUUUAUAGCAAAUUCAAAGCGACCUACGAUGGCAACCACGAUACUUUCCGGGUGGAGUUUCUGGUUAUUCCCACAGCAGUCUUAGCCUUCCUAGUGAAUCAUGAUUUUACUCCCCUGGAGAUUCUCUGGACUUUCUCCAUCUACCUGGAGUCAGUAGCUAUCCUGCCACAGCUCUUCAUGGUUAGUAAAACGGGGGAGGCAGAAACCAUCACAAGCCACUAUCUCUUCGCCUUGGGUGUCUACCGCGCCUUGUAUUUAUUCAACUGGAUCUGGCGUUAUCAGUUCGAGGGCUUCUUUGACCUCAUUGCCAUCGUGGCUGGCUUGGUGCAGACGGUGCUCUACUGCGAUUUCUUCUACCUCUACAUUACAAAAGUUCUAAAAGGCAAGAAGUUGAGUUUGCCAGCAUAGUACUGAGACCGCAGCGAGAUCCUUUGAUCGAGGGAGAGGAUGAGGAGUCUCGUCACAGGAAGUUCAUUUUUUGCAAAAAAACAAAUGAAACACCAUGUUAGUCACAUGUUGGUCCCUUCUUGACCCUGAACUUUUAGCGAAGGGAGUGUGUUUUGGGACAAAACAACGAUGGUCCUUUUGUUCAAGAGACUUAUGCUGAUGGGGGUGAGAUGGGGUAUGAAUUUAGUGUAUAGAUUUCUCAAAACUUCGUUUUGAUCAUUCUUUUCCUCCCUUUCUGUUGCUCUCGACUUCCCUUGUUUUGUUGAUGAACCAGCAUCGAAAAGAAACUUUUCUUUUUUAAGGAAAAUGGCCUCUUCAGAUUGGGCAUUUAUUCUCACUUUGGAUUCAUGUUUUGAAUGUUUUGCUGAACACUUCUAAGACAUUUGAGCUUUUCCUUUUGCAAGGGCCUAGUGCUACCUGAAUAACCGGGUGGAAACACUUAUACAUUUCACAGGUUCCUUCAGACGGUGAUUUUUGGGGGUCACCUUUUUUUACACGUGUCAAGGGGCAAGUAAAGAUGCACUCCUUCAAACAUCACUUCUGAAUUCUGUACAUAAUUUGAUGAUUUUUCUGUUUCGAGUGGAUGAGGAAAUAAACAAACUACCCCUCCCCCACUAAUUAGUGCCUUUUUGGGAGGGAUGGGAGUUGAAAUAAAAAGACAUUUUUGUUGCCUGUU